GUUUGGAAAAACAUCAAAAAAGAAAGGGAAAAAAAAAAAAUGUCGUCGAAAGCCCUAGCUCGCGUUGGCUCUUCUCUCGUAAAUCGCUUCUUCAAUCUUCAUCUUCACACCCAAUCUAAUUCAAAUCACAACAUUUUAUCUCCUAAGCUUCUGCCUUCUAUUUCCAAGUUCCAGAAUUCUCUACGUUUGGAGGAAGCCAAGACACUGCGAAAGGUGGCUGCUGAAGAAUUUCCCUAUCCGUGUGGCCUUCCGUCGCUUCGCUUCUUCUUACCGGAUGGUAACAUUUCAACAUCAACUGAAUCGGUGCUUUUACUUCCCAAAAGGACCUACCAACCCAGCCAUGUCAAGCGGAAGAGGACCCAUGGAUUCUUCGCUCGUAAGGCAACCAAGGGUGGACGGAGAGUCAUUGCUCGGAGGGUAGCAAAGGGUCGAUCAAGAAUCACGGCAUAAUUAAUUGUCAAGAAAGGGUUGGUUUACCAUGGAACGGACAUAGUGUGUGUAAUUCAUAACAAGUCUUCUGUUCCAUAGCAA